AUGCCUCGCUCUGCUUUGGGAAAGAGGGAUCGCAACGAUGGGGAUUCUGUCGUUGUUGCAACUCCCACCAAGAGACUCAGACACCACGACGCAUAUGCCCUCUACAAGGAUGAUGAGGAGAACCAGGACCCUCAAAGCACUCCCGAUGUCCACGACACCAUCAAGAUCGAGGUGGAAGUGGUCGAGGAUGCUCCUCGGAAGAGACAAAGAUCUGAAUCCAUCAAAAAGAACCCAGUCACGCCAUCGACUCCACGACAUCGAGAUGUGCUGUCAGCCUAUCCUACCACUCCUCGACAUGCGGUCAUGUCGGCGGGAAAACUUUUUAAACGUCUGACUCCAAACUCGCCUCUGUCCCCGUCCACCAUCCAGACCAUCUACCACUCUGCACGGCAACUCUUUAGCCGUGGGGCAGAACCAGGACAGCUCAUCGGAAGAGAAUCUGAGCGGAUGGAGUUAAUCAAGUUCCUCAACCGCUGCAGCUCGUCAACACCAAGCGGCUGUCUCUACGUUAGCGGUGCACCCGGAACCGGCAAGAGCGCUAUGAUCACAGAAAUGACUCGGGGCUUCUCCGACAAGGACGGUAUCAAGAGUGUAUACAUCAACUGCAUGAGCAUCAAGUCCUCCAAAGACCUGUACACCACCUUGCUCAACGAGCUCGGAGAAGACACCAACAUCUCAUCAGAGACUGAAGCUAUUUCAGCACUCCAGCUGGCAUUUUGCCCCAAAACAAAGUCAUCCUCAGUUUACCUAAUCACCCUGGACGAAAUCGAUCACAUCAUGACCAUGGGCCUUGAGAGCCUUUACCGGGUAUUUGAGUGGUCUCUUCAAAAAUCAUCCCGUCUGACCCUGAUCGGCAUCGCAAACGCUCUGGAUUUGACCGAUCGCUUCCUGCCACGACUGAAGUCGAAGAAUUUGAAGCCAGAUCUACUGCCGUUCCUGCCAUACACGGCCGCCCAGGUUAAGAAUAUCAUCACCACAAGGCUCAAGUCUCUCAUGCCUGAGGGUGGCAAGGACGGUUACGUUCCCUUUAUUCACCCAGCCGCCAUUGAGCUGUGCUCUCGAAAAGUCGCCAGCCAGACUGGAGAUCUUCGAAAGGCCUUUGAGAUAUGUCGCCGUGCACUGGACUUGAUCGAAACCGAGACCAGAUCGAAACAUGAGGAAGAGGCUCGAGAGAAGCUACUGCAGAUGACACCGUCCAAGCGGCCCUUGAGCGAAAAUGUGAAUGGGGCUGCGGGAGUUGGAUCGGCGGCGAGGAGCGUUCUGCAAAUUAUGGCCAGCUCUCUCAAGAGCUUGUCGGCAGAGACUGCGCCUCGGGCGUCGAUAGGACAUCUCAACAAGGUCACCGCUGCAGCCUUUAGCAACGGCACAACUCAACGGCUCAAGACACUGAAUCUCCAACAAAAGGUUGCUCUCUGUGCUCUGACAGCGUACGAAAAUAGGAGUCGAGCGUUGAUGAGGGCGUCCAACACGCCUGCCACCCCGUCCAAGUCUCAGUCAUCGGCGCCGACAAUCAAGAUUCUCUUUGACACAUAUUGUCAGUUGUGCACCCGAGACUCCUUGCUGCACCCACUGUCAAGUUCAGAAUUCCGAGAGGUUGUUGGCAGCUUGGAGACGUUGGGCCUCGUUGCUGCUGUGGAUGGCAAGAAUGGCAGCUUCAACAUGGCACAGACACCUAGCAAGCGUGGGCGGAAGUCGACUGUUGGCAGUGAAGGCGAGAAGCGUAUCGCUAGCUGCGUAGGAGAGAAAGAAAUCCAGUCGGUGGCCGAUGGACCAGCCGCUGGCAUCUUGAGGAGUAUUUUGUCAGGUGAGGCAUUGGACUGA